UUGACAGCGAAGGGUAAGAUUCUGCAGCUGCUAAGGCUGACUUGACCUCACCCAGUCAGUCGCCCGCCUAACCUUGCCAAUGAGGUCCUGAUUGUGGUGGUCAGCCAUAGCUGAGGUGGAUUUUUAAAACACUGAUUAUUGGGAUGAACAUACUUUUUUGCUAAUAAGGAAGCCAAAAGAAUGAGAUUUUCCUUGGCCUAGCUAUCAAUGAGCUUGGAAUGAGGAUUGGCUUACAAGCCAAUACCAGCAGUAUGCAAGCUGCUAAUCUCUGAGGCCCUCAAGGCUCUUAUUUUGGAAAGAAUGGGAAAGCCAGAUGAAGCAUUGUGUGUGUCCCUGAAUGCCAAGGAGCUGUUGUAUUCUGACAAUAUUUUUCAUUUUGAUGAUCUCACACUUAGCACUCUACAAAUAGUAUUUCAAAGGCUUGACCGAUUGGAUCUUGCAACUUCUUGCUAUGAAUAUGCCUGUGCAAAGUACCCUGCAAACUUGGAAUUAAUGAUGGGUCUUUUUAAUUGCUACGUCAGAGAAUACUCAUAUGUGAAGCAACAGCAGACAGCUAUAAAAAUGUACAAAGCUGUAGGGGAAGAAAGGUUUUUGCUCUGGGCAGUUAGCAGUAUUCAGCUGCAGGUAUAUUUUAGCAGUGGAGGUGAGAAAUUAUUAGCACUAGCUGAAGCGUUGCUUAAGAAGCACAUAAAUUCACAUAGUUUGCAUGAGCCGGAAGCACUUGCUCUGUAUAUUUCAAUUUUGGAACAACAGGCAAAGUAUGAUGCUGCUUUGGAAAUUCUUUCUGGAGACUUGGGAUCUCUUAUGGGAAGGGAGGAGGACAAGCUUCGUUUGCAGGGGCGGCUUCAUGCUCAAGCAAGUAACUACGUUGCUGCUUCGGAGAUAUAUCAGAAGGUCCUCGAGUCUUGUCCUGAUGACUGGGAGUCCUUUCUCCAUUAUUUAGGCUGUUUGCUGGAGCAUGACGUGAAUUUGCCUAAAGCAAGCACUGGCGAACACUCUUGUUCUUCCUGCUCUGUUAAUUCAGCAUUGUCCAACAAGACUUGCCUUAGCGAGGAGCUGGUUGAAUCUCGCCUUACAAGCGCAUUAUCAUUUGUGCAAAGGCUACAAGAAAAGAACUCCAGCGACUGCGUCAGAGGACCUCAUUUAGCUAAUAUUGAAAUUGAACGGCAACGCCGUGUCAGUGGAGACCUGAAUGAUAGAAAGGUCAUUGAAGCUUUGGUGAAGUACUUGCACAGAUUUGGUCAUUUGUCUUGCUCUGCAUCUGAUGUUGAAAUUUACCUUCACAUGCUAUCUGACAAUGAGAUAACCGAGUUGCUAGAUGCAAUUUCUGGAUCUUUUGAUUCAUCAUCAGUUUCGGUGAACGCACUGGGUUUGACAAUAACCCUUUUUAAAGUUCAAGAACUUUUGGGAACUCUAUUCACAAAAUCGACUACAGAACUUCAGGGCAUUGCAAAAAGAAUGGUUCAUACAUUUUAUAAAAAUUUGCCUCUCUCAAACGACCUGGAUCCUCAGGAAAGCAUGUAUGGCGAAGAACUCCUGUCUAUGGCCAGCAGUAUUCUUGUGCAGCUAUACUGGCGCACAAGGAACUUAGGAUACUUACUUGAAGCAAUUUUGGUACUAGAGUUUGGAUUGACUGUUCGCAAGUAUGUCUGGCAAUACAAGAUUAUUCUGGUGCAUCUGUAUUCUUACAUGGGAGCUCUUCCAUUAGCACAUAAAUGGUACAUUACCUUGGAGGUGAAAAACAUUCUUCUAGAGUCUGUCUCACAUCACAUCUUGCCACAAAUGUUGAAUUCUCCUUUCUUGCAACAAGCUGCUGAUCUUGUUAGGGAUUAUCUGAAAUUCAUGGACGAUCAUUUGAAAGAAUCUGCUGAUCUUACUUGUCUUGCGUAUAGGCACCGUACUUACUCAAAGGUAAUUGAGUUUGUUCAGUUCAAAGAUCGCUUGCAACGGUCCAUGCAAUAUCUUUCUGUGAGAUCAGAUUCUGUGUUGCUGCAUCUGAAGCAGAAGGCUGAGUCUCUUGAGGAAGUAGAGUCUAUUCUUGAAAAUGCAAGCAAUGGAGCUAGAUUGGUUGAGCUAUCUAAUGAGGACAGCAUGAAACACUUAACCUUUAAUGAAGAUCUUCAGGCACGACCUUGGUGGACACCAACAAGCAGUGUUAAUUUUCUGUCAGAACCAUUUGAUGAAGAUGCAGCACCUGCAAGCUAUAGGGCCAAAGUGUGCAAGCACAAAUCUAAUGAGAAGUAUGGUCCUAAGCUGAAAGAUGCAGAGAGAAAAUCUCUUGUUCCUCGGCUGGUUUAUCUUUCCAUGCAUGGUGGUGCAUCUUUCCUCAGGGAGAGUGAGCUGAAUGGCGCUUGCUCUGAUGUAACUGCUGUUGGAGAAAUGAAAACCUUGCUUGAGAAAUAUGCUAGGAGUAUUGGUUAUUCUAUUGAUGAUGCUCUAAGCGUAGUGCUGGGUAUGUCAUCAGGCAAGAAGGCUGUUAAGGAUUUUGCUCCUGAUAUAGUCAGCUGGAUGAGCUUUGCUGUGUUUAUCAAUGCUUGGAACUUGUGUUCUAAUGAGUCAGUGAUCCCUGGAACUGACGGGAGCAGCCCAAAUUCUUGGCAGAUUGUGGAUAACUUGGUCAAAAUUUGCAUAGAUGAGCAGCUAACUGAUGCCAAUCGAAUGUUGACUUCUCCAGGAAAUAAUUUUCCGCUUUUAGUUCGGAUGGUUACAGAACCCAUUUCCUGGCAUCUUCUCAUAAUCCAAUCCUGUAUGAGAGCUAUGGCUCCACAAGGAAAGAAGAAAAAGAAAGGUGGUCCGUCGGAGCGACCAAACAUACCUCACUUGCAGGCAAUUCAAACUUCUGUACACUGCAUUGCUGACACUCUCCAAAGCGUCCAGACAUGGUUAUCAGAUCAGAUGAGGCCAGAGGAGCAAGCUUUGGAUAUCCUGUUGUCACAAUUGCAAGGAACUAGUGCUGAAGGUCCAGGACAGAUUUCCUGUAUCUUGGACGAGAGUUCAGCAAUGGCCAACUCUGAAAUCGGUGGUCGGAUUGCCCAGUCUUUGGAAUCAUGGAGCUCUGCCGGUGUGGUAAGAAGAAUUGUUGGAGCUGAAAAUGAGACCGUUGCUGAGUUCCAUAAAAUAUGUGACUCGAAGCUGAAGCUGCUCAUGUCAGAAUCGGCUUCUCUAUCGGCGAUGUUGCACUGAACUUCAAAAAAUUUUGCCCAUGAUUUUUCCCCCGACUGUUAUUGUGACUUCCCUCUGAUGUUGUAACAGUAUAACGUCUUGGCUGUUUCUAUGCAAUUUUGAUUGAUUGA